AAUAACGUCGCCGGCACGUAUGUUGUCGGGCUGGAGAUUUCGCGGCGAUGGCGACGGAGGCUCGGCGCUGGAAGGGGACGUAUUGAAAGCGGGGCUUUGGCUUGGAUAUGACGAAUGCGUAUUUGUUGGAGAUUGCUUUGCUCUUCAGUUAUUCCAUUGGCUUCGGAUAAAUCCUCGGCCGUGGACUUCUCAACACUCCUUUGACUGAUUUCCUCGUCUUCCUUGUUAGAAUUUCCGAACAGAUUAACCAGGACUGCAGACUGAUCCGUGCCAAGCUUCUGCAACAUAACUGAGCCGGAGUUCCUCGUUGGAAGACCCACACUCCUUCACCGGGGCCAUGGAGGAGGAGGGGCAGCAGAGCCUGGAGUGCAUCCAGGCCAAUCAGAUCUUCCCCAAGAAGUCCCCAGUGCUGGAGGAGGAAAACAUGCAGGUGCCCUUUCCCGAGCUGCACGGGGAGUUCACAGAGUAUGUCGGGCGAGCAGAGGACGCCAUCAUCGCAAUGUCUAACUAUCGCCUACACAUAAAGUUCAAAGAGUCCGUUGUCAACAGUUGUUGUUGUGAGGUUUCAGUCCCCCUCCAGUUGGUUGAGUGUGUGGAGUGUCGGGACAUGUUUCAGCUUCAUGUCACCUGUAAGGACUGCAAGGUCGUCAGGUGUCAGUUCUCCACCUUCGAGCAGUGCCAGGAGUGGCUGAAGCGUUUAAACUCUGUCGUCCGGCCGCCGUCCCGCCUGGAGGACCUGUUCUCCUUCGCCUUCCACGCCUGGUGCAUGGAGGUGUACGCCGGGGAGAAGGAGCAGCACGGCGAGCUGUGCAGACCAGGAGAACAUGUGACCUCGUGGUUCAAGAACGAGGUGGAGAGGAUGGGCUUUGACACUCAGAAUGCCUGGAGGAUAUCGGACAUCAACAGCAAGUUCAGGCUUUGCCCCAGCUAUCCUCAGCAGCUGCUGGUGCCAGCCUGGAUCACUGACAAGGAGCUGGAAAAUGUGGCCGCCUUCCGUUCCUGGAAAAGGUUUCCUGCCGUGGUUUACAGGCACCAGAGCACCGGCGCUGUGAUCGCCCGCUGCGGCCAGCCAGAAGUCAGCUGGUGGGGAUGGAGGAAUGCCGACGACGAGCAUCUGGUGCAGUCCAUAGCCAAGGCCUGCGCCGUGGACAGCAGCAGCCGCAAACAUCUUCCCAACGGCAGCUACACCAACGGCUCAGACCUGCCCGACACUGAUUUCGAAUCCUCCAUGACUAACAGCUCAGAGGUGGAGACUCUGGCCAUCCAGCCCCACAAGCUACUGAUCCUGGAUGCUAGGUCGUACGCAGCGGCAGUGGCUAACAGGGCCAAGGGGGGAGGCUGCGAGUGCCCAGAGUACUAUCCCAACUGUGAGGUUGUGUUCAUGGGAAUGGCCAACAUUCACUCCAUCCGCAAGAGUUUCCAGUCACUACGUUUCCUCUGCACUCAGAUGCCUGACCCAGCCAACUGGCUGUCUGCACUGGAGAGCACCAAGUGGCUGCAGCACCUGUCUCUGCUGCUGAAGGCGGCCCUGCUGGUGGUCAAUGCGGUGGACAGAGACCACCGGCCCGUCCUGGUGCAUUGCUCCGAUGGCUGGGACCGCACACCGCAGAUUGUUGCUCUGUCCAAGCUGCUCUUGGACCCGUACUAUCGCACCAUCGAGGGCUUCCAGGUUUUGGUGGAAACGGAAUGGCUGGACUUUGGCCAUAAGUUUGCAGACCGCUGUGGUCACGGGGAGAACUCUGAGGAUCUGAACGAGCGCUGCCCCGUCUUCCUGCAGUGGCUGGACUGCGUUCAUCAGCUGCAGAGGCAGUUCCCAUGCUCCUUCGAGUUCAACGAGGCCUUCCUGGUGAAGCUGGUGCAGCACACCUACUCCUGUCUGUUCGGCACCUUCCUGUGCAACAGCGGCAAGGAGAGGGAGGACCGACACGUUCAGGAGAGAACCUGCUCUGUGUGGUCGCUGCUGCGGCCAGCCAACCGCACGCUGAGGAACAUGCUGUACUCCUCCCACUCUGAAACCGUUCUCCACCCAGUUUGUCAUGUGCGGAACCUGAUGCUGUGGACCGCAGUUUACCUGCCCAGCUCCUCCCCCACCACUCCCUCCGACGACUCCUGUGCUCCCUACCCUGUGCCCGGUGCCAACCCGGAGGAUGCGCCCCUGGGCAGACGAACAAAAACUCGCUCUUUUGACAACCUGCCUAGUGCGUGUGAGCUGGGAAGCACACUGGCUCCCAACCGGCGCUCCAGUGACCCGAGCCUCAACGAGAAGUGGCAGGACCACCGACGCUCUCUGGAGCUCAACAUGGCAGUGGGCCCUGAGGGAGGGGCCAGUCAGGAGCCGCAGGCCGGCGGAGAGGGGCCGUGUACGGACGGACAGCAGUCAGAGCUGGGCGAUGACCAGCAGUCCCGCGAAUCCCAAGCCGCGUUCCAACAGGACGCCCUGGUCAGCCUAGAGGGGGGACCAGAGGAGGCAGAGCUCUCUGUGGUGGUUGGCAUGGCUGAGGGGCAAAUGGAGAACAUCCUACAGGAAGCCACGCAGGAAACAGCAGAUUUACAGGGGCAGAGACCUGCUGCUGCUGCUGCUCACACAGAAGUGAAGAAGGAAGUUGAAUGUGAGGGGGAAACUCCAACGAUGGAGACGCAGAGAGAAAUAGUUACAAACGGUCACCAUCCUGACAACAGCGAGAUGGAGGCUGAGGACGAUGGGGAUUCUGCUCCUCUGCCUUCACAGGAGGAACAGGAUCUCCAUCAGCAGCCGAACGACCAAACUCAAACACCAGAGGGCGCUGUGGAGGAGAGCGUCACCUGCUCUGCUGUUGGAGAAAAGUCUAGCUCAGGAGAGCAGCCGCUGUCUGAAUCCCAUAGAGCUGUUACUAACGGCUUCGUGGGCGGGUCAUCAGAGGAGCAGGACAUAGAUGAGACCGGUCCCGCCUCAGAACCCGAGCACGCCGCCUCAGAAUCGGACGAGCCACUGGACAAGAAGGCGUCCCUGAUGGAGAGCUCCACAGAGACUUUAACCGAAGAAGCCUGCAGCAAGCUGGAGCUUCUUCCUGGACAGCCAAGUGUUUUACCCAACCGUCAGCCGCACGGCGACGGCAGGAGCCAACACCCCGGCUUCAGGAAGGACAGGGAGGCGGCCGAGCCCGGCUUUAGCAGAACUUUAAACGGAGGCAGCAAGCAUGCCUCGGUCAGUGCCUUUCAGUCUGCCAGUGCUGAGCUAAGCAGGGAAGGGCUUUACAAUGGAGACUGCUCCGACGGAGACCCCAGCGUAGGACCGCACUGGGCCAAAGGGAAUGGGGAGCGGGCCCCGUUCAGCCGACAGGUGUCUCUGGCCAGCUGCAACUCCCUGGUCCUCCAUUCACGGGGCAUCUGCCUGCAGCACCGCUGCUGCCACGCCGCUCCCAGCCGGGCCGCCGUCAGCCCGGAGCAGCCGACCCGCAGCCACCUGGACGACGACGGGCUCACGUUGCACACGGACGCCAUCCAGCAGAGGCUGAGGCAGAUCGAGGCGGGGCACCAGAUGGAGGUGGAGACGCUGAAGAAGCAGGUGCAGGAGCUGUGGAGCCGCCUGGAGAACCAGCAACACGCUGGAUCGCACCGGAUCAACGGAGAUGUGGGUGACGAACUGACCUCAAUGACCGACUCGGAGUACAAUCUGGACCCAAACUGCUUGUCCCGCUGCAGCACGGAGCUCUUCUCAGAGGCCAGCUGGGAGCAGGUGGACAAGCAGGACACGGAGGUCACUCGCUGGUACCCUGACCACCUGGCCGCUCAGUGCUACGGCUGUGAGAGCCGCUUCUGGUUGGCCACCAGGAAGCAUCACUGCAGUGGCAGAGAGGCAGUCCAGGAGGUCUGGAACUGCGGCAACGUGUUCUGCGCCAGCUGUUGCGACCAAAAGAUUCCCGUGCCAAGCCAGCAGCUGUUCGAGCCGUGCCGCGUGUGUAAGAACUGCUACAGCAGCCUCCAGCUCAACUCCGCUCCUCUCGACCUCGAGCUCGAGAAACCCAUCGCGGCGAGCUCCAACUGACGGAGCGCAGAGGAGCCGGGCCGGGUCAGGCCGGGUCGGGCCACCUGCCGCCGACACAAACGCACCGCUCAGGAGCACAGGAAGCUACGCAGAAUGUCCCGUGUGUGUGUGUGUGGGGUGUGUGUUGCCCAUCUGGAGUUUAAAGUGUAUAUUUUUAGGAUGACAUGCUGGCUACGCAACAAGAACUCUGAAUGUUGGUGUCUGGAAGGGUGUGUAUGUGUGUGUGUGUGUGUGUGGCAGUGAGGAAACUGCACUUCAAGGAGCGAGAAUGGACUUCCAGGUGCCGAGAGAAGCAAGUCUCGGUGUGGAGCUCCGUACAGCCGACCGCUCCAGCACCGCGCCGCCACCCAGAGCUUCUGCAGACGUCACUUCUUACACUGAGCUCAAGUUUUUCCUCUGGACCGAGAAACAAAACAAACCAACAAGUGGAAAGAGAAUCUCCCCGUCUCAGAAAUCUUCACACAAAUGGUGUAAAGAAAUCCCUGGCACCAUUCAGGCUCCACUGUUUUGUUUUUUCCUGGUUUGCACAUUUUUCUGUCUAAUUGGUUCUUUUGUUCCAAGUGAAAUCUCAGAUUUGAAGGCUUUGUAAGGAGCGUUAAACCAAACUAUCUUGGUCUGGUUUCUACUAAAAUGUCUUUCAAGUGAAAACUAAUUUACAGGUAACUCUCCAGCUUGAUGAAGGAUCUUGUUUUAAGUCAAUAAUUCCUUAAUAUUAAUGGAAAAAGUGCUGGUUUCAUUAUCAGAUUAUUUUACUUAUAAAAAACAUAUUUAAUCUGCCAGUGAAACUUGUACAUUUUGAUCAGUAUUAAGGAAUUAAAACUCCCUACAUCUUGUAGGUUAAUUUCUGUCUUGUUUCAAAUGUACAAAGAUAUUUCCAGUAGAAACUAGACCAAAAGUACUUAAGAGUUUGUGUUUUUGCAGUGUGAAACUCUGUGAAACAGCAGGACUGAACCUUCAGCUCCCAGCAUGUGGUCAGUCUGCUGGUGGAAAUCUGGACAGGAAGCGUUUGGGUGUUGCAGAAGCGACUCCUGCUGCUCUGGGAGACCAGCAGCAGGAGGAAGGGCUCUUUGUGAGAUCAAGCAAAGCUUCUCUGCGGCACAUCCGAUUCAAUGACCUCCUUGCACACACACACACACGCACACUGACGCACUCUUUUUUCUUUUUGUAAAAUAGAUGAAUGAAAUAAUAUAUUCAGAUACCUAUAUAGCAUUUGAGAAAACUGUAUAGAAUUCUUGAAUAGUGGCUCAUUUAAUUAGUCACAUUUCUUUUUUUAUUUCUUUGUUCUCUUUUGUUAAAAAUUGCACAAAAAUACCUAUAUUUUGCAUCCUGUCAGAAAAGGAACAGGGUUGUUGUUUUUUUUGUUUUUAAUAGAGAAACAGGAUGUCCUGUUUUGAUGCUGCAGUGGUUUUCUCCUUUAAAUGCGAUUUAUUAUUUGGAGGUUAUUUAUUAAAGAGUUUUUGUUAAAUUGCUGUUAGGAAUCCAGAUAAUUCAAUUGCUGCAGGAUAAUCAGGGGGGUGAGAGAUGGUUCUGAACUGAUUCUGACAGGCUCGUCCUUUUAGGAUUGGCUGCGUUGGUUUAAUCUGUCGAUGGGGUCCGUGACGAGGCGGAGUGGCGCCAUCUUGACUGAAACUUUCAGUGGGUUAGCAGUAGUCAGCGUCAUCUAUGCACUGAGAAAACGGUGGUCCAAAACAAACAGCCUGAACCCAAAAUCAAAGCAUCUCAUCUUAACUUCGAUUUACGACUCCAUUCAAACCAUCUCUACACACUACCUCUACUUUGUAAUUGUUCAUACACACGCACACCUGACUUCUAGAUGCUCGGUGACUUUUGUCAUCAACAAAGGCCUUGGUAUUUUGUCAUUGUUCAAUACAUUUUCUCCUGUUUUGCUCAUUUUUAAUAUAAAAAAGGUACAGACCUCAAAGAAUAGAUUAGCAUCCCAAUGGUCGUCUUUUUGUUGUUGUUUAGACAUAGGGCUGGGCGAUAAAUUGAUUUUUUUUGUUUGUUUUUAAAGAUUAAAUUUAUGGAAAAUCGAGAUUUUUUUUUCACCAAUGCACUCCUUGAGUUUCCAAAGGUCAGAGUGAUUUCAUCGUGUUUUACAGCUUCCAUGAAUUUAGGUCAACUUCACCACAGAAUGGCGCCAGACUACAACUUUUAUUUAUUUGUUUUUUAAUUGCAAAAAUAAAGUCAUAAGAAUACAGUCGAGGAUAGGGUCGUAAAAUUAGGAGAAUGUAGUAAUUUUAUAACUUCCCCGAAAAAAUAAUAAAAACUUAAAAUGAGGAAUGUUGAGCACGUGAAGUUCUACUUCAAUGUUGUUUUUUCUAAUCAGGAAAUGACGCAUCAGCUUAGACUUUUAGCAAGACUUUGAAACGAUUGAGUUUAUUUAUAAGAAUCACACAGACUGAUCUUUUUAACUAUCGAAGCGUUUUUCUCUAUGACGACCCUCCCCCCGUAAUUUAAAGACGUUCGUUUGGUUAAAAAAAACGAGUCGCUUUUUUCCCCGCUAAUAUUAUGAAUAAUCUUGUAAUUAUUCUUGUAAUUACACAGAAGGCCUGAUUGAAAUAAAAGCCACUUUUUGAAAAUAUUAUUUCCUUUGUAAGACCAGAAAGCGAGACAAUAAAAUCAGUG